GGCAAUAAAUACCGGGAAUAAGUUCACGAUCGGUAUCAGUAGGAAGUUUAGAAACCAACAUGAAAGUGGUCAUCUGCCUGUUAGCUUGUGUAGCGGCGUCCAACGCCUUCUUUUUUGGAAAACUCGGAGGUAGCAACGGAGGAGGUUACGGAGGAUAUGGUGGUGGUUAUGGAGGAUACGGUGGCGGUGGAUAUGGAGGCUAUGGAGGCUAUGGAGGAUAUGGAGGCUAUGGAGGAGGGUAUGGUGGAUACAGACCUGUGAGCUACGGCGGGUACGGUGGCGGUUACAAUACAGGUUAUGGCGGAGUAGGAUACACUGGAGUUGUCAGCAUCACCGCACCUAGCACCGGAUACAGCAAUUACGGUGGUGGAUAUGGAUCAGGUGGCUAUGGUUAUGGCUCAGGCUACACAGGCGGGUAUACAGGCGGAUACACAGGUGGAUAUACCGGAGGAUAUACAGGUGGAUAUACCGGUGGAUACGGCGGCGGAUAUGGUGGUGGAUAUGGUACAGGAGGAAAUACUGGAGUUGUGAAACUGAUUAAAAUUCAGGUAGUUCCGACUGGAGGUGUUGGUGCAGUAGGUGGUGUUGGAGGUUAUGGCGGAGGUGUUGGAGGUUAUGGAGGAGGUGUUGGAGGUUAUGGAGGAGGCUACGGCGGAGGCGUAGGUGUUGUCGGCGGCUAUGGAGGUGGCGUAGGAUGUUAAUUAUAAAAUAAACUUCAGUUUCAUGUACGAGUGAAACCGGAUUGUUUUUUUAAUACCAAAAAUAAAAUAUUGUUAUCGAAAUAAAGAGAAGAAGGUAAAGGAACA